GUAUCGUUUCUCCCGUCUCCCCUCCUCUCAGCACUGACGGUGGGGACUAUAUAAAAGCGCGGUGAUCACUGGGUUCUAUUCAGAAAGCUUCCUCUCCAAAUCUCAGAGAACACAAGGACAGGAGACGUGACAAAAUGAGUGGUUUAGAAAAGGGGACUUUGAAGCUGCGUUUACUACAACUUAAAUGCCACUUUACUUGGAAACUUCUUUUAAAGGACACAGACCCUGAUGAAUUAGCAGACAGAUUGUAUGAUCAAUUGACAUUUCUUGUCACCAAGAACAAAUACAUGGUGUACAAUCUACUGGCCUAUGUGAUGCAUCUGAAAGGGGACUACACACAAGCUAUUGCCCAUUUAAAGCAAGCAGAAGAAAUGAUUAAAGAGAACAACCCGACUGGGACUGAUCAAAAGUAUUUGGUGACAUACGGAAAUUACGCGUGGGUGUUCUACUACUUAAAGCAAUAUAAAGAGUCUCAAAAAUAUAUAGAUAAGGGAGAGAAGAUAUAUAAGGAACUGAAAGAUACCACAGACACAGCUGAAAUUUAUGGUGAAAAAGCCUGGACAUUGUUAAAAUUUUGCGGCCAAUAUUAUGAAGAAGCAAAACAAUGUUUUCUAAAGGCUUUGGAGCUGGAGCCAGAAGACCCUGAGUGGAACAGUGGAUAUGCAACAGUGGUCUACAGACUGGAAGGUUUCAAUGGCAGAAAAUGUGCUGCUUCAGAAUGCAAGUCACUGGAGCUACUGGAACGUGCAGUGGAGAAGAAUCCAAAUGAUGCCGUGGUGAAGUCACUUCUUGCCUUGAAGCUUCAAGACCUAAACAGGACUAACGAGGGAAAAAUCUAUAUCGAAGAAGCCAUAAAUCAAGCUCCAAGUUCUCCAUAUUUGCUCCGUUAUGUAGCAAUGUUUUACAGGAGAGCUGGAAUGCUAGAUGAUGCCUUGCGUGUCCUACAAACUGCAUUAGAUCUCAUCCCAACUUCUGGAUUUCUGCAUCACCAAAUUGGACUCUGUUAUAGGCGAAAGUAUUUAAAUGACAAAAGAAGGUUUGGAAACAGGAACAGUUAUAUGAGCCAAACGGAGACUGAAAAAUUAAAUGACCUCCUGCAAAAUACUCUGUUUCAUUUUGAGAAGGCGGUGGAAUACAAGAAAACUUUUGUUUAUGCGUAUGUAGAUUUAGCAAAUAUGUACUGUGAAGCCAAGGAAUAUAAAAAAGCCGAGGACACGUUUAAAACAGUUAUGGCAUUUACCACUCUUAUUGAUGAGGAGAAGCAGCAGAUCUAUUACCAUUAUGGACGUUUCAAAGAAUACAACAUGAGGUCUGAAUCUGAAGCCAUCAACUACUAUAAAAAGAGCGUACAGUUUACUUUAUGCUUGAAAGAGAGAGAGUUCAGUGCAAAGUCUCUAAAAAGAAUUGCUUCAAAAAAGAUUCAGAACGAUAUUCAUGAUGCUGAGGGUUUUGCUUUGCUUGGCUUUGUCCAUAAGAUGAAUGGGGAAAUGAACGAUGCAAUCGAUUGCUUUGAAAAAGCCUUAAAAUAUGACCCUCACAAUGCAGAAUAUGUGAGUGAACUCUGUGAGCUGAAGCUGGUGAUCUGAAAAAGGAGCGACACAGAAGACAGAGCUUGUGUUUUAAAACGUACCCUUUUCUCUUUUCAUAAAUCAGGAGAACAUGUGUCUCCAUGAAACCUAUCUACAGUACUGUGAACAACUGAACACUAGACAUGAGGCAGGGAGAGGAGGGGGAUGCAACUGCAUUGUCUUGAUUAGGCUACUUUGACCUAUUGGUUUUGGUUUCAGGUCUUGAGGUCCGGCAUCCUGAUGCACCCUGAACGCAUCUCUUUCCAUUCAGAAUGCAUGAGGACUAAACGGAACCGUUUUGGCCCAGUUUUGAGAUCCUUUGCCGGAAUGCCAAAACUCAUAUUUGAAAGUAGCCUUAUUGUGUUAGUUAAUACCAUGAAGGAUGGGGGGAACAGCAAAGGGGAUCUGAAUAGUCAGGGCACACAGCAUGUUCAAAGAAAUGUUGUAGGUUAGACAUUUCAAGCUGAAGUAUAUCUAAAACAUCUCUAGAAAAUGUAUAUUCUUAUAUAGUAAAUAGAAAAAUGUAUAUACUUAUAUUUCCCACAACUCAUCAUGAUGUAAUGUAUUACCUUCAUUGUUUUCCACAUGAAUGCACUUUAUACAAAUAUAUAAAACAUAUAUGAUAAGGAAAAUCACAAGCUCAGCUCUGCUACAUUGAUCCACUCAAGAUUCCUAUAGCUGUAUAUAUUAAUGUAUUAAAUAGCUGUGUGUGCUAUAUAUAUAUAUAUAUAUAUAUAUAUAUACACACACACACACUGUAUAUUAAAACAAUGAUGUAAUCCUCAAUUUUAUCAAUAAAGUCUUGCAAUAUUGAUUUGUGGAAAUACAUUAUUUUCUGCAGUAAUAUGGUGCUGCUAGUUCCAUGGUACUGUGAUAUGACAGCACUGGUGUUCUAGUUAUAAAAGU